ACAAGAAGAAGAAUACUUUCCUGUUACCGGAAGUAGAUACUGUAACUUCCGGUUAAGUACAAACGAUGCAGCGCCGCGGUUGUCAUUCACUUGAGCGUGCCUGAACAGUGUGGUCGCAUCAUGUUGACCCCGCAGAAGGAGGGGAUACCCAGUAUGAUAGACAGUGCGCUGAGGAUGAGGAGGGAGGAGCAGGCUCGACAGGUGGUCCUCGCCUGGGCUGUGCUCAACGUGUCUCUAGCUGGCAUGAUCUACACUGAAAUGUCUGGGAAAUUGCUGAGCCGAUACUAUAACAUCACCUACUGGCCUAUCUGGUACAUUGAACUGGUGCUAGCCUCUCUUUUUAGCCUCAAUGCUCUUUUUGACUUCUGGAAAUAUUUCAAAUACACCAUGGCUCCGUCCACCAUCGCUGUAUCCCCUGGGCAGCAUCGCCUCCUGGGGCUGCGGAACACAAGUAUUCAAGCCUCUCCACCCCAGAAGCCAGAAAAAAAGGAGACCCCUGCCCCAGCCCAGUCGUCUCCCCUGCAAGGCCAGAGCGUGCUGAGUUUCAGCCCCACUCGACCAGCCACCACCAGCCCCAAGUUCUCCCCCAGCUGUGUACCUGGGUACAGCCCUCCUCUCAGCAACCCGUCCACGCCAAACAGUGCUGGGGGGCCCUUUUCCCCUUCAGUGGCCUUUGGAAAGGUGUUGAACUACAGCCCCUCCCCUGGUUCCUCUCCCUACCCCAGCAGCAUUGGCCCAGCUGAAGGCUCCAGCUUGAGGGCUCGAUACCGCACUUCACCCUCAGUGUUUAACUCCCCAGGAAGCAAGGAGGACUACAUGGAGGAUCUGAAAAGCUUGGAGAGGUUCCUCCGCACAGAGGAGGAGAAGAGUCACCGCAGCCAACUAGGUAGUCCAGAGUCUGUGUCUCCCAACCACAGUCCAACAUUUUGGAACUACAACCGCUCCGUGGGCGAUUACGCUCAGAGCCUGAGGAAAUUCCUGUACCAGCCAGCCUGUCGCUCUCAGGCCCCAUCUGCCCACAAGGAUGAGACGGACCUGGGAUCCAAACAGGCUGCAGAGGAGGUGUGGGCUAGGAUCACCACCAGUCGCCCUGUAGUGGACCGCAUCGAUAGCUGGACAGCCAAACUUAGGAAUUGGAUCAGUGACACAAUCUUGGUUCCUUUGGUCAAGGAAAUGGACUCCGUCAACAGCCAGCUCAGGAGGAUGGGCUGCCCUGAGCUCCAGAUAGGAGAGGCCAGCAUAAGCAGCCUGAAGCAGGCAGCGGUGAUGAAAGCCUCAUCCAUCCCCACCAUGAACUCUAUUGUCCAGUACCUGGACGUCACACCCAACCAGGAAUAUCUAGUGGACCGGAUAAAAGAGCUGGCUCACAGCGGCUGCAUGAGCUCUUUCCGAUGGAACAGGGGUGGUGAUCUGAAGAGCAGGAAGUGGGACACAGACCUCCCCACUGAUUGUGGGAUCCUCAUGCACGUGUUCUGCACAUACCUGGACUCCAGACUGCCCCCACACCCAAAAUACCCAGACGGCAAGACUUUUACUUCACAGCAUUUCAGCCACACCCCAGACAAACCUGAUGUAACCAAAGAGAACCUCUUCUGCGUCCACCAAAGCAGCACCGCUCCCCCUCACUACCAGCUCAUCUACCAGGGACACAUCUACAGUCUGCCGAAGGGCAGAAACAACCUGUUCCAUACGAUCCUCAUGUUUCUCUUUGUCAUUAAGACCAAGGAGUCUGGGAUGUUGGGGAGGGUGAAUCUCGGCCUCUCCGGUGUGAACAUCCUGUGGAUAUUUGAAGACUGAUGCAUCGUUAUUUAUAAGCAACAAGGAACUGCAAAUGGAUGUUGUUGUUUUCCACUCCUCAGUGCUGCCAACACUGGUUGGAAUAUCACCUUAACUUAACGGCUGCUCUUUAAGGGGCACAUGGGACUAAACGGCGCUUCACGUUGAAAUUCUCAACGAGUGCACAUUUUUUGACAUUUUCAUAACUUUAGUCUACAAAAAUGGCAGCAUACUAUAUUGUCUUCGAUCUUUCAAGAAUGCGAUUCUCUGAUGCCACAGUGUGCUUACGAUACAAAGCAGCACUUCAUUUUUAAACUUUGUUUGGGUUUUCUGAUUUUGUAUUUUGAGAAUGUACCAGCAUGGCAGCCUUGUAAAUAAUAUACCUCACAAUUGGUGGAUAGCAAAGAGUUAAGACCCAUUCAUCUUGAAUGUAAAUACGGUAUGUGUGGAUUUAACGUGUUUCUUUAGUAUCUGUCGACUUUUGCAGCCAGUAUGCUGUUUUUUCUUUAUUUUCUUAUUCUGUAGUAGAAUGAAUGUCUGCAUUAAUUGGGAUACUCCUGGCAUGUUCUUGAAUUUACUUGCAAAAAAAAUGGACCUGCGCAAAAAUGCAACAAUACUUAAUCAAGUAUUGGAGUUUUGUGUGGUUGCUUUUUUUCAUUAUGUAGAUGUGAUGGAGAACAAAUGAAAAGCCUUUGCAUCACCAAAGUCUUUUCUUCGGAUGGAGCUCUUUAUGCCAUUUAUCUUGUCAGCCAUUCAUUACAUUUCACCCUUUUUACACAUUUGCUUGUUUUUCAAUUUCAUUCUACAAAUGUCGCCAGAGACAUAAAAAUAAAAUUUAGAUAUAAAAGAAA